ACAGCUGAAGGGGGCGGGGAGGGGCGAUACCACACAACACCCCGGCAAACCUCCGGGCCCCCAGGCUUGGCUAGCUCGUGUGGCAUGCAGGUGAAGCUGGAGCUGGGGCACCGCGCCCAGGUGAGGAAGAAACCCACGGUGGAGGGCUUCACCCACGACUGGAUGGUGUUCAUGCGCGGCCCGGAGCACAGUAACAUUCAGCACUUUGUGGAGAAAGUCGUCUUCCACUUGCACGAAAGCUUCCCUAGGCAAAAAAGAGUGUGCAAAGAUCCACCUUACAAAGUAGAAGAGUCUGGGUAUGCUGGUUUCAUAUUGCCAAUUGAGGUUUAUUUUAAAAACAAGGAAGAACCUAAGAAAGUCCGCUUUGAUUAUGACUUAUUCCUGCAUCUUGAAGGCCACCCACCAGUGAAUCACCUCCGCUGUGAGAAGCUUACUUUCAAUAACCCCACAGAAGACUUCAGAAGAAAGUUGCUGAAGGCAGGAGGGGACCCUAACAGGAGCAUUCAUACCAGCAGCAGCAGCAGCAGCAGCAGCAGCAGCAGCAGCAGCAGCAGCAGCACCAGUUUUUCAAAGCCUCACAAAUUAAUGAAGGAGCACAAGGAAAAACCUUCUAAAGACUCCAGAGAACAUAAAAGUCCCUUCAAAGAACCUUCCAGGGAUCACAACAAAUCUUCCAAAGACUCCUCCAAGAAACCCAAAGAAAACAAGCCACUGAAAGAAGAAAAAAUAGUUCAUAAAAUGGCCUUCAAGGAACCUAAACCCAUGUCAAAAGAGCCAAAAGCAGACAGUAACUUACUCACCAUCACCAGUGGACAGCAGGAUAAGAAGGCUCCCAGUAAAAGGCCCCCCAUUUCCGAUUCUGAAGAACUCUCGGCCAAAAAAAGGAAAAAGAGUAGUUCAGAGGCUUUAUUUAAAAGUUUUUCUAGUGCACCACCACUGAUACUCACUUGUUCUGCUGACAAAAAACAGAUAAAAGAUAAGCCUCAUGUCAAGAUGGGAAAGGUCAAAAUUGAGAGUGAGACGUCCGAGAAGAAGAAGUCGACGUUGCCGCCGUUUGAUGAUAUUGUGGAUCCCAACGACUCAGACGUGGAGGAGAAUAUGUCCUCGAAGUCUGACUCAGAGCAACCCAGUCCUGCCAGCUCCAGCUCCAGCUCCAGCUCCAGCUUCACACCAUCCCAGACCAGGCAACAAGGUCCUUUGAGGUCUAUCAUGAAAGAUCUGCACUCUGAUGACAACGAGGAGGAGUCUGACGAGGCAGAGGAUAAUGACAAUGACUCUGAGAUGGAAAGACCUGUAAAUAGAGGAGGAAGCCGAAGCCGCAGGGUCAGCUUGAGUGACGGCAGCGACAGUGAAAGCAGCUCCGCCUCUUCACCCCUCCAUCAUGAACCCCCGCCGCCAUUAUUGAAAACUAACAACAACCAGAUUCUUGAAGUGAAAAGUCCAAUCAAACAAAGCAAAUCAGAUAAGCAAAUAAAGAAUGGUGAAUGUGACAAGGCAUACCUAGAUGAGCUGGUAGAGCUCCACAGAUGGCUAAUGACACUGAGGGAAAGACACAUUCUGCAGCAGAUCGUGAACCUUAUAGAAGAAACUGGACACUUUCAUAUUACAAAUACAACAUUUGAUUUUGAUCUUUGCUCGCUGGACAAAACUACAGUCCGUAAAUUACAGAGUUACCUGGAAACAUCU